CCAAAUCGGAUCAUUUGGUGGAUUAUUGUCCAUCAAAUUGGUGCUUUCAUUGAGAGUUCGAGGAUCAUACUCAGAGGAAACCCUCCACAAAGACGAUGGUGCAAACACACAGCAAUGCCAACGCAGGUGUCGGAGCUCCCCACCAGGGAGAAAACAGCGCCACCGGAGGCCAGCACCCCCCCCCCAUCACCACGGUGGAAGCAGAGGCCCUCAUCCAGAGGGUCGGAAUCACGGCUGAGCAAUUCAAGGAGGUGUUGGCGGUACUAACACCCAAUCGCGAGAUUGUGGUGGGAGAUGUGGCUGGGGGACCCACAGGCGGAAAGGCUGGACCUACGGGCUCCCAGGAAAAAAGAAGAAAACCCCAAGUCAAAAAAGCCCCGGACUUCGCGUUCGAACGAUUGCAAGACACUCGGUCGGCCCGUAAAGGCGACCUGAGGGAUACACUCAAGGAGAAGAGAGGAGAAUCCACAGCGACCUCCAAAACCGGUUCUGAGGAGCGACGAAGGGCGGUCGAGGAUAAGGGAGCAGCCGAGCUGUGGAGAAUGUAUGAGCAACUGGAGAAGCGGCUGGACGCCCAAAACCCCUAUCGCCAAGCGGUCUUCAGCGGGCCACCGGUGGCAGAAGGAAAGAAAAGGAAGGAUUACGGUAAGGGGCCAAACCCCACCGGGUAUCAUGCGAACAGACACCCUGUUCAUGCGGUGCAGUCUUUGCCUGCCCCUCCUCACAGACGAGAAAGCUAUGGUGUGCAGGAUGCACCCAAAUACUGCGAGUACCACCGUAACAGCACCCACAACACGUCAGAGUGCGUUACGCUGAAGAAGGAGAUGGAUCAGUUAAUCGCCAGGGGGCCGCCUCCUCGGUCGGAGCGACCAUCCUCAAGUAACCGGACUUGGAGUAGACCGGCAGCCCCCACAGCAGCGAUCACAGCAGGAGAGGGGCAGGAGGAUGAACGACGGCAUCUAGGGAGAGAUUGUGACGACCUAGAUGAGGAAGAAAGGCAGGGCCGCCGACACCUAGGGUGUCGGUUCAUCAUGGGAGGCAACACCGGAGGAGAUUCGGUGUCCUCACGAAAGAAAUGGAAAAAUAUAGUGCAUCUGGCUGAGGUACAAAGGCCACCGCUACCCAAGCGAAAGAAGAAGGAACCCCUGAUUUUCACAGAUGAGGAUUACCCACCAGUCCUCAGCCCCCAUAAAGACGCACUGGUGAUAAAGGUGGAAAUCAAUAAUGUAGUCGUCCACCGUACUUUGGUCGAUACUGGCAGCUCGGUCAACGUUAUGUACAGCAACACCUUUAAGGAGUUGGGGUUGUCUCGAAGCAACCUGAAGCCAAUCCAUACGCCACUGUCAGGGUUCACAGGAGAUACCAUUGAAGCUGAAGGAACUAUCACGGUGAAGUCCGGGGUAGGAGAUGACACCCACCGACUCUGGAUCGACAUGGAAUUCAUGGUAGUGCAACUCGAUUGUGCACAACAUUUGAUUCUGGGGCGACCAGGGAUGGAGGACCUGGAGUGCGUAAUCUCCCCCGUCCACCUGUGCCUGAAGUUCAACACCCCCACAGGAGUGGGAGUGGCAAAGGGGAACCAAAGCUUGUCUCGAUCCUGUUAUGUCAGGGCGACCAAAAGCCAUGCACGAGUCGAUGAGAACGUGAGCACAAUCUGUGCUGCGAUCCAGAAGGAGGAGGGGUGACCUCAAGCUGAGCCAGCGGACGAGAUUGAAGAAGUCACCUUGGACCUGGCCAAGCCAGAGCAGAAGGUAAAGGUAGGUAAAACCCUA